CUUGAACUUGCAGCUUUGAGCUUUGAGAAUUGUUGUCUCGCUUACACAGCAAUACAGAGGUACAAAUGGCUUCCAGAAUCCAGCCCAUCAUUGUGUGCAAGGCCAGGUUCCUUUAUAUGAUGUGGUGGAAAGACAUCGCCUUGCUGAAGCUGUCCUGGAGAUCAAAGGCUCCUACUUCCUCGACCUAGAGGUACUCAAAGAAAUGAAUGAACGACCAAAGACUGCAGCAGGAGUAACGGAAUAUAUAGAGGAGCUGCAAAAGUGGCAUGAAGAGGACAUGCAGGUGUUGCUUGAGUGGCAAGCAGAUGACUAUUGGAAGGAUGCUGAAGAUCGUUAUCAUUCCUACGAUGACAACAUGCACGACUCAAAUAUUGAUUCAUUUCACCGAGCAGCACGUGGGCAGAACACACCUAUGUUCAAUGCAUUCGAUGAUGCUGUCUUCUCAUUCGAGUAUGCAGAUCUCAGAACAUUGGAGGCACUCUGCCGAGAGUGUGAUGCCCUUGCUGCCGAAAAGGAUGAGGUACACCAUCAGAGGGACUCAAAAUUCCUGGCGAAUAUUACAGAAUACCACUCCAUCAUAAACAAGAGUAUCCAGUUACACAUCACACGAUUUCUAAUGGUGGAUAGCUUCAGAAAGAAGCAGAUGCAAACUGAUUUCAACUGGGUGUGGCAACAGGUAAUGAACCUCGUCGGUGAGUAUGAGAAAAAUAUACAGGAGCUGGCAUCUGACGCUGAAGCUCUCGACCACUCAGUGAAGGGUCAAUGGCCUGCGGUAUGAGCCUCGCCCUUGCUUUCUUGGAUGUUGCUGUCACUCGCAUACCCACACCGGUGUUGAGCU